CUCCCUCUUCUUCAUUCUGGUGGGGAAAGGCUAGUUAGCCGCCACCGAGGAAAUGGUGACCCCAUCGGUCAACCCUGGGUCGGCCACGUGGACGCCAAAAGCAGCGGAAACGUAAGCGGCCAGGGGAGGCGAGGGAAUAAAAAGCCAGCGAACGGCCGCGUUUUCCUCCCACCUUCCUCUCCUCCGCCCUUCCGUUUCUUCCUCGCAAUUCGCUGCUGCGCUCCAUCCAUCGAUCCGUCGGGGAGAUGGCGUCGGAGAAGCACUUCAAGUACGUCAUCCUCGGCGGCGGAGUCGCUGCGGGAUACGCCGCGAGGGAGUUCGGCAAGCAGGGCGUCCAGCCCGGGGAGCUCGCCAUCAUCUCCAAGGAGUCCGUGGCUCCGUAUGAGCGUCCUGCGCUCAGCAAGGGCUACCUCUUUCCCCAGAAUGCCGCCAGGCUUCCAGGAUUCCACACCUGCGUCGGGAGCGGCGGGGAGAAGCUCUUGCCCGAAUGGUACACGGAAAAAGGCAUUGAGCUGAUCCUGAGCACGGAAAUUGUCAAGGCUGAUCUUGCCUCCAAGACAUUGACCAGUGCUGCUGGAGCAACCUUCACCUAUGAGACCUUGCUCAUCGCCACUGGCUCCUCGACCAUAAAGCUCACUGACUUUGGCGUUCAAGGAGCGGAAUCAAACAACAUAUUGUAUCUAAGGGAAAUUGAUGACGCCGACAAGUUGGUCGCAGCUAUGCAAGCAAAGAAGGAUGGGAAGGCCGUCGUUGUUGGAGGUGGCUACAUAGGACUUGAGCUCAGCGCAGCACUGAAAAUCAACAAUUUCGAUGUCACUAUGGUGUACCCAGAGCCGUGGUGCAUGCCCCGUCUCUUCACUGCCGGCAUUGCUCAUUUCUACGAGGGUUACUACGCUAGCAAAGGAAUCAAUAUCGUGAAGGGUACUGUGGCUAGUGGUUUUGAUGCUGAUGCCAAUGGAGAUGUUAGUGUGGUGAAGCUGAAGGAUGGAAGAGUACUCGAUGCCGACAUCGUCAUCGUUGGAGUCGGUGGCAGGCCGCUGACAGGCCUCUUCAAAGGCCAAGUUGAAGAGGAUAAGGGUGGACUCAAGACUGACACAUUCUUCGAAACAAGCGUCGCUGGUGUAUAUGCCAUCGGUGAUGUGGCGACUUUCCCCAUGAAGCUGUACAACGAGCCGAGGAGAGUGGAGCACGUCGACCAUGCUCGGAAAUCAGCCGAGCAGGCAGUAAAGGCGAUCAAGGCCAAGGAGUCCGGCGAGUCCGUGGCGGAGUACGACUACCUGCCCUACUUCUAUUCGAGGUCGUUCGAUGUCGCGUGGCAGUUCUACGGCGAGAACGUUGGCGAGACGGUGCUGUUCGGGGACAACGACCCAGCGGUGGCCAAGCCCAAGUUCGGCACCUACUGGGUCAAGGACGGCAAGGUCAUCGGUGUGUUCCUAGAGGGCGGCUCCGCCGACGAGAAUCAGGCCAUCGCCAAGGUCGCCAGGGCCCAGCCGCCGGUGGCCGACGUGGAGGCGCUCGGCAAGGAAGGCCUUGAUUUCGCCACCAAGAUCUGAAGAUUCCUCUAUCUGUCGACGCGUGUUAAUGUUGUGUUUGUCCCUCCCCUGCCGAUGCUUCCUAUAGUUCCUAGCUCAGAAGUGUGAUUCGAUUUUUCAUUUUGGAGUUUGAUGGUGUUGCUGUGACCACUAUGACAGAAUUCGAAUAAAUUUAGUAGCAUCUCUGGUUCUGCA